AUGGACGUGACGAGCCGAUCGAGCGGCGGCGGGGACCCCAACGCCCUGCCCGAGGGCGUGCUGCCUACACCGGCGCGCAUGGUCUACGUGUCCGAGAAGCAUCCACGCAUCACCCUGGAGGCCAUCAGCGUGCUCCGGCGACACCGCAAGUUCUGCGAUGUCGUGCUGGUGGUGGGCAGCCGCAAGAUCAACGCGCACCGCGUGGUGCUGGCGGCGUGCUCCCCCUACUUCCACGCCAUGUUCACGGGCGAGCUGGCCGAGUCACGGCAGGAUGAGGUGUCCAUCCGUGACGUCGACGAGACGGCCAUGGAGCUGCUCGUUGACUUUGCCUACACGGCACAGAUCACGGUGGAGGAGUGCAACGUGCAGGCCCUGCUGCCGGCCGCCUGCCUGCUGCAGCUCGCCGAGAUCCAGGACACCUGCUGCGAGUUCCUGAAGCGGCAGCUCGACCCCUCCAACUGCCUGGGAAUCCGGGCCUUCGCCGAUACGCACGCGUGCCGAGACCUGCAGCGCACCGCCGACAAGUUCACGCAGCACAACUUCCAGGAGGUAAUGGAGAGUGAAGAGUUCAUGCUGCUUCCUGCCAACCAGCUCAUCGACAUCAUAUCCACCGAUGAGCUAAACGUGCGCAGCGAGGAGCAGGUGUACAGCGCCGUCAUCGCCUGGGUCAAAUACAACAUCCAGGAGCGCCGGCCACAGCUACCCCAGGUGCUGCAACACGUCCGUCUGCCCCUGCUCACACCCAAGUUCCUGGUGGGCACAGUGGGGACGGACCUUCUGGUGAAGAGUGACGAGGCAUGCAGAGACCUCGUGGAUGAAGCCAAGAACUAUUUGCUUCUGCCCCAAGAAAGACCACUCAUGCAGGGCCCCCGCACGAAACCCCGCAAGCCCAUCCGCUGCGGGGAAGUGCUCUUCGCAGUGGGUGGCUGGUGCAGCGGCGACGCCAUCUCCAGCGUGGAGCGCUACGACCCGCAGACCAACGAGUGGCGCAUGGUGGCCUCCAUGAGUAAGCGGCGCUGCGGCGUGGGGGUGGCCGUGCUCGAUGACCUCCUCUAUGCCGUGGGCGGUUACGAUGGAUCCUCCUACCUCAACAGUGUGGAGCGGUGCGUGCGAACGAGCGAGUCGGCGGGGCGAUUGAGGGACGUAUGA